AUGAGUGAAGGAUACAUUGAUUCAUUGGCAACUACAACGAAACAAUCACAACAUACUGGAUUGGAUGGUCUACUAUCAAUUCUUAACAACAACAAUGGCGAUGAUGGUGUUACAUUGAACAAUGAUGAACGACAAGCAUUGGUGCAAUAUAUCACUCAACAACCUUCAUUAUACUUUGACCCUUUGGCAUCAUCUGUCAUCCUACUCUCAAAGACACCGACCAAUCAAUACCAAAACCCAACGCUUUACAACAAGAAGCCAACAAACUUGGAUAAUGAUCCCGAUAAUUGGCUCAACUCAUUGUCUGGCAUUGAUUGCUUCUAUCCCUUAUUCCAACCUAGGUUCAACGUUAGACCAUUGAUCAUACCUCCACAUUGGCAUGUGUUCAUUGAGAAGGAGGUGAUUGGAGAGAGAGCACCUGUGGUAGUGACGAGUGGAACAAAGGAUGUUGGAAAGAGUACAUUCAAUCGUACAUUGGUCAAUCGUCUACUAUCACGUUAUGGUCAUGUUUUAUACGUUGAGUUGGAUGUAGGUCAAUGUGAAUUUGCACCUUGUGGACUGAUCACAUUGAACCUGUUGGACACGCCAUUGCUUGGACCGCCAUUCACACAUCAGCAUACACCAAUUAGAUCAUACUUCUUUGGCGAGACAUCACCCAAGAACAAUCCAGAGUACUACGUUCGUCUGGCCAAGGAAGUAUUGGACCAUGCCAUGGUACUGCAUCAAGAGUUCAACAUACCAGUCGUUACCAACACAUUGGGAUGGAUCAAAGGACUUGGCCUACUCAUACAAGAGGAGAUCGUCAAACAUCUGCGGCCAUCCCAUGUAGUCUACCUAUAUCACGCCAAGCCACCACAGAUUGGACAGCCUCAACGUCCUCCAUAUUGUAUAUUCAAUCAACAGGGUAUAGAUGAGAUGGUCAAUGGACAGGGCAUCACCAAGCUGUUCACAAUCGAGUCGGCAGUGUCACAAGGCAAUCCAUUGAUACCUUUGAACAAUACAGCUACAAGGGAUUUGAGUAUGAAGUGUUACUUUGACAUUGAACGCCAGCCAUUGAUCAAACAACGACCCUACGCCAUCAAGUUCAACCAAGUCAAGAUUGGAAUCAUCAAUCACCAAGUACCCUACAGUCAAUCAUUAUAUGCACUCAACGCCAGCAUUGUUGGUAUAUGCUCCGAUCACAAUUCCAAACUAAAUGAUGUCCAUUACCAAGUCAACUCUGAGUAUCCAACAUUCAUCGAUCAUCAUAAGGAUGUACCGGUGGUGGAGUGCUUGGGUCUUGGAGUUGUGCGAUCAAUAGAUGUGGAGAAUAGACUGUUGUUUAUAUUGACACCAAUACCUCAUGAUCAAUUGGAACAAUGUUCAAUAUUAUUGAAGGGAUCAAUAUCAAUGUCACCAGAGAGUUCACUGACAGUCACCUCAAAAGGAUCAAUCCUCACACCAUAUCUCAAGCUGGAACUUGUCAACAACAGUGGCUCUGGCACGAUGGAAAGAGGCUGGAAGACCCUAAAGCGAUCACGUCCAGCUGGAUCAUCAGACAACUCAUCUUCACAUUGA